AUGGCCAGAGUCGCAAAUGUAGGCAACCGUUCUCGCUUCACUGAUGUUUACAAUGAACCUGUUGAUCGCCUUUUAUCACCGAUAAAAGGAUAUCAAAGUAAGCCACUUGUUUCACUUAUGGAAGCAAUUCAGCUCGUAUCUGGAUUUUUCCAUGAAAUCGAAGAUAAUGUCAAAGUAGCAUUACAUAAUUGUCGAAAUCAGGUUGAUAAAUUAACACAACAAGAGUCAGCGUCAAUACAUUUGUAUACCAUGCAAUUUGACGAUGGUCCAAGUCUAUAUCAAGUACUUAAUGAAUCGUUACGUGCCGAAAAUCGUGAAGAUCUCAAGCCGUGGUUUAGUUAUCUUAAAUUACUUCUUACGGCACUCUACAAACUACCGUCGGAAAAAAAACGAGUAUGGCGCGGCAUCCGAAAUGUCGAUUUAAGUGAAAAAUAUAGAGUAAACACCGAGUUUGCCUGGUGGGGAGUGAGUUCUUGCACAGCUGACAUGCAAGUACUUGAAUCGAAUCAAUUCUUAGGAAAAGAAGGUUUGCGAACAUUAUUUUCGAUUGAUUGCAUCAAUGGUAAAUCGAUCGCAGCACACUCAUAUUUCAAAAAUGUCGAACAAGAAUUUAUACUUAUGCCCGGCUCGUACUUUCAAGUGAUCGGUCAAUUAACCCCAGGUGGUGGACUUCAUAUUAUCGAAUUAAAAGAAAUUACACCACCGAUGACACUCGUCAAACCACCAUUCAGCCAAUCGGAUCAACAAGAGACUACAUCAGUUGUAUCAAAACCAAAUGCAUCAGCUUCAUCAAUAGCAUCGGAACCAACAUCAGCAGCAACAUUAGCAUCAUCAGCCAGCACGUCUUCAGAGAACUCAUUGAAAAGUAAGAUCAGUUUGACAUUUUCUUGA